CUGACUCGAACGGCCGUUUACUCUUAUCAUCAGUUUCAUUACUGACUUGCCUGCCUUGUUUCUCUUCGAACUUGAGAAAUUUGCAAGAAAGAAGUCUUGUUGAACUUUUAUUUUUGAUGACAUUUGGUAGGAGAGGAAUCAACGAUUGAUUAGCCUAUCAAUAUUCCGUGAAUAACAGAAUGGUGACUUUGCAAUAUUCAGUGUUUUAAAACAAAGAGAUUGUUGGAAUACCGCAUCGUGAAGAGAGAAUGUCGGGAAUUGAUUUUAUGGGGUUUAAGUGAAACAGAGACGUAUCUUCAUCCAACUUUUUUCAACAAAACGUCAACAAAGUUCUGGCCAAGUUUCGUCUAAAACUUUGCGCAUCUGACGAAAGCUGAUUAAAGUUACAGUAUAAGAAUUACCUAUAUAUAACAUUAGUACUUUCCAAGUACAACAACGCCAACAAUUAAAACAAAAAUAGAACCACAGACCGACAAACCUGAAAGAAAAUCCCAGCAAAACGAGACGCUGACCACGAGCGAAUCCGCGCCCUGCAGUCCUGCCCAGUGAACGAGCACGAACCUAGAACCAUGUACGGCCUGGAGAACGUGAACCUCGAGAUGGUCAACCGGCAGUGGAUGAACUCGCCAGGCUACGCUGACUGGGACAACGCCUCCACCACUUCUGCGACGUCCUCCUGUAGCGGCAGUGGGGAUCCUUGGGCGCCGUGGCCGUCCCCGGAGAAGUCGACGCAGCUCGACGACUCUCUCGUGGCGUCUCACCUGCGCGAGAACCGGCGUCGGCGGCGGGUCUGCCCCUUGGCCCAGGUGCGGCAGCGGCAGGCGGCCAAUAUGCGGGAGCGGCGACGCAUGGCCUCUAUCAACGAUGCCUUCGAGGGGCUGCGAGCUCACAUCCCGACCAUGCCUUAUGAGAAGAGGCUGUCGAAGGUCGACACGUUGAAACUGGCCAUCGGUUAUAUCUCCUUCCUCGGCAACAUGGUACAGACCAACUCUAAUCUCCAGGCUGAAAACACGACAGCCAAUAAUGCGAACAAUAAUAACAACAACAAUAAAGUGGUGGUUAAAAGCAGCAUUGAUACAUAUACGAGCGCGGCGACAGGUAUGACUCACACCUUCACGGAGUUGUCGUGGGCGCCCGAACGGCAGGAAGUUGUGAAUGGACGUGUAGCCACCUCCCUCUGGACGCCCACGGGGACGUCAGCCAACUGAAGAAGUAGACGACGAGGGGAGAGGAAGGGGAAGAAGAGAAGGAAUUUUGAAAUGAGGGGAUAUGAGGGAAAAGAGAUGGGCGAGGAAAUAAUGGGAAAUAAGAGAAGAAAAAAAGGGAAGACGGAGAUGGAAGAGGGAAAGAAAGUGAAAAGAAAGGGAAGGAAGUCAGAGACAGGAAGAAAAAGAAGUCUGAAAUAUACUGCAUACCAAAGAGGAAAACGAACAAAAACUGAGAGUUUAUUAUAUAAUUAUGGAGAGUGCAUUUGUCUUGGAGUGUAAAACGAGGAAAAAUGAAGUAAUAUCUUAUCGAACGUGAGAAUAACUACCGAGUUCACAUUGAAGUGGAAAAAAACAUGAUAAGAUAAGUUAAUAGAUCUCGUAUAUCUAUCUUUGAUUCUGCUAUUUGAAUGGCUUCGUUCCUUAUGAUUUUCACCCACUAACAACAUUCGGAAAAUCCUAGUCAGUGAAAACUUAGUAAAGUAAAGUUUUCAUGCUCCUGUUGGCUUGCAGUUUAAAAAACAUUUCCUUUCCCUCUCUCAAACGAUAUCAAAAAAUCAAAAUCAAAUUGCGCACCUAGUCAGCUAUCCAGAGUAGGACUUAGAAUAUUAGCAUUUAGAGAGCAUUUGAAAUAAUCUAGUCUCCCACUCAUUACUCUCUCUCGUACGGCAUUAAUAAAUAAAAUAGUGUAUGUUGCUGUUUCCGUUUUCUGUUAAGGUGUUUUCAUUAUCAUCAACUGUUAUAUAAACCGGGUAUUUAUUUAAAAGUAAACAAACAAAAAAAUCUAGGAUAUAUGCUUUAAAAAUGCUUUGGAGAACGAUAAUGUUUCUUACGAUAUCAAAUAUAUUUAAAGAAAAUGAGAGUGUAAUAAAUUCAGAUAACUGUUUUACCGCAUAUAUUUUGACAGCGACGUUUUUACACCAUUAACCCAAAUUCAAAAUACUCUUUCAUAUGUAUAUAUCGUUGGCCAUCGUUUUAACCUUCCACGACAUGUAUGUGUGUGUGUAUAAAACUUUACGUUAAGAUCGUUAUCUAUAGUAACGCUGUAGAAAACGAAAAAGAUGUUCACUUCUUAUAUAAAUUAUACGCUGAUUUGUGAUAUGAUAAAAGUAGCGCAAGAGCUUAUUGUAAACGUUAGGACAUUAUUUCUAUAUAUUGAAUGUUAUUCCAUUCAUUCGUGCAUAAUUCCAAAAAACGUAUGUAGUCAUGUGUACACUGUGAGCUCACACACACGCACGCACACACACACUCACACACACACACACAUACACACACACACACACACACACACAC